GACUAUAAGGGGGGGAGCCUUUUACAAAUUCUGUGGUCCGUGCCAACCGAUCGUAUAGUAAUCAAAGAGGACACAGACAGCUCCAGAAAGCGCACUUAAACCUCUCUCUCUCUCUCUCUCUCUCUCUCUCUCUCUCUGUUUUGCUUCCUCCAAAUUUACAUUCAAGAGAAGUACAUAGAAAAACAGAGUGUAAAAGCUUCUUUUCAGGUUUCUGGAGAUUUGAUUGGAUGUCCAUAAGCGGAAAUCUGCUAGACUUAUUGGUUGCCUGAGAGCAAUGCCAAACCAGCUAUGGUUUGCACUGCUAAUGAUUUACUGGGAUGGAAAGAUUUUCCUAAGGGCCUCAGGGUCCUUCUACUUGAUGAAGACAACAGUUCUGCGUCUGAGAUAAGAACCAAGCUUGAGGCAAUGGAGUAUAUUGUUUUUACGUUCUGUGAUGAGAAUGAAGCUUUGACGGCAAUUUCAAACAAAACCGAGAACUUCCAUGUUGCUAUUGUAGAGGUAAGUACUGGAAACAGCCCUGGAAGAUUCAAGUUUCUUGACACUGCAAAAGACUUGCCCACCAUAAUGACUUCAAACAUGCAAUGCCUGACUACCAUGAUGAAAUGCAUAGCGCUUGGAGCGGUUGAAUUUCUCCUAAAACCACUCUCUGACGACAAGCUUAGAAAUAUAUGGCAGCAUGCAGUUCACAAGGCAUUCAAUGCUGGAGGAAAGAACCUCUCAGAAUCACUAAAGCCUCUCAAAGAAUCUGUGGUUUCUAUGCUGCAUCUCCAGUUAGGAAAUGGAGAAGCAAAAAGCAGUAUCCCAGUAAAGACAGAAAAUGAAACGCCACUUGAAGGAAAUGACCAGGAGUCAGAAGGAAUCGAUAAGUAUCCAGCCCCCCCGACCCCACAAUUGAAACAAGGAGUGAGGUUAGUGGACGAUGGCGAUUGCCAUGAUCAUACAAAUUUCACUUUAGAGAAAGAUGGUGGGGAUCAGGAGGGGGAGUCUAAAUCUGUCGACCUUACUUGUGGUGUUUUAAGUGCUGAAAUUGCUGUUCAAGAAAGCCAUGAUCAGGUAUCAGGAGAGACGGUUAUUAAAGAGAAGGAUGAAGCAAGUGGUGGUUGUAAAAGUGACGGUCAUAUGUCUUCACAUCCACAGAAUGAACAUGGUCCUAGUGAUUCCGCUGGCGAUGGUGGAAAUUCGGUAAAGGCAUCUGGGAUUCACAAUUCAAAUGCGAAUAAAGGUAGUCGGAAGAAGACAAAGGUAGACUGGACGGCUGAAUUGCACAAAAAGUUUGUACAGGCUGUAGAGAAACUUGGUGUCGAUCAGGCCGUUCCUUCUCGAAUACUGGACUUAAUGAAAGUGCAAGGGUUGACAAGGCACAACAUAGCUAGCCAUCUCCAGAAAUACAGAAUGCAGAAGAGACAUAUUUUGCCCAAGGAAGAUGAUAAGAGAUGGCCUCAUCCAAGAGGCUCCUCACAGAGGAGUUACCAUCAGAAACCUGUCAUGGCCUUCCCUCCAUAUUACUCUAACCACACCGUGCCGGCUCGUCAUGUCUAUCCCGCAUGGGGAAAUACCGGAAGUUACCCCUCUGGUGUCCAAAUGUGGGGUCCUGCUUUCUAUCCACCUUGGCAGGCUACAGAAAGUUGGCACUGGAAUCCAUAUCCAGGGGUGCAUGCUGAUGCAUGGGGUUGCCCCAUGGUGCCACCACCAGCUCAUGGGCCAUAUCCAUCUUUUACUCAGAACACGAACGGAUUUCACAAUGCUAAUAGAACACAGUAUGGCAUGCCACAAAGUUCUUUUGACCUUCACCCGGCAGAAGAGGUAAUUGACAAGGCUGUGAAGGAAGCAAUAAGCAAGCCAUGGCUGCCCCUGCCCAUAGGCCUCAAUCCUCCUUCCACUGACUCUGUGCUCACUGAGCUUUCAAAACAAGGCAUCUCCACCGUCCCUCCCCCUCACAUCAACGGCUGUCAUCCUCACUGACGUGUCACCAUCCCAUUCGGGCCAAUAAAACAAGAGAAGCCCACUCCAUAACGCAAUUGCUGACUUGUUCAAGUCACACGCCAAGACAAACAAACACAGCAAAAAGUUCCACUGACCGAUCCCCAUCCAUGAUCCUAUCCAAUGCCAGUGUAAAAAGUGCAGUACUGAUGACUGGAAAUCCACGGCUGAUGACUGGCCACGUGGAUUGG